AUGGGGCAGGCGCGGCGGGCGCUGGCCCUGAGGGCGGUCCGGGCCUCCCUGGUCCUGCUGGCGCUGCUGGUGCCCGCGCAGGCCGUGGUGCGCGCCGUGCUGGACGGCAACGCGAGCACGGUGGACUUCGCCGACCUGCCGGCCAUGUUCGGGGCGCCCCUGGCCCCCGAGGGCGUGCGGGGCUACCUGAUGGAGGCCAAGCCGGCCAACGCGUGCCACCCCCUGGAGCGCCCGCGGCGGGCGGGCAACGGCUCCCUGGACGCCAUCGUGCUCAUCCGCCGCUACGACUGCACGUUCGACCUGAAGGUGCUGCACGCCCAGCAGGCCGGCUUCAAGGCCGCCAUCGUGCACAACGUCUUCUCGGACGACCUGGUGCGCAUGGCCCACGUGUACGAGGACCUGCGGCGCCAGAUCUCCAUCCCCGCCGUGUUCGUGAGCGAGGCCACCUCGCAGGACCUGCGGGUCAUCCUGUGCUGCGACCGGUCCGCCCAGGUCCUCCUGGUGCCCAGCUACCCGCCGUGCCCGGACCUGGACUGCCACCCCGUGCUGGCCAUCUCCUGGGUGCUGGGCCGCACGCUGGCCCUGCUCAUGUCCACCUUCUUCGUCCUCCGGCACCUGUGGCACCGGCUGUGGGCCCGCUGGGCCUGCGGGCCCGCCCCGGCCGAGAAGCCGGCCGGCCUGCGGAGGGCCCAGGUCCGCACCUUCACACGGCUCAACGACGUGUGCGCCAUCUGCCUGGACGAGUACGAGGAGGGCGAGCAGCUCAAGAUCCUGCCCUGCUCCCACACCUACCACUGCAAGUGCAUCGACCCCUGGUUCUCCCAGGCCGCCCAGCGCGCCUGCCCCGUGUGCAAGCAGUCGGUGGCCAGCACCGAGGACAGCUCCGACUCCACCGUGGACAGCUUCUGCGAAGAGGACCCGGCCCUGCGCGGCCGCCACGCCCCCAUCUGGGCCAUCCAGGCCCGGCUGCGCUCCCGGAGGCUGGAGCUGCUGGCCCGGCCCAGCCCGCACCACUCCUGCGCGGCCAACGCCGCCUCCGUGGGGGCGGCCGAGGCGGCCGAGGCCUCCGAGGGGCCCCCGGACCCGCUCUGA